AAUGACUGUGCUAUCGAACAUUAUCGUGGACAUUGAUUCAAAUGACGAGGACGAGAAACAAAUCGAACUGAUGAGAAAAGAAAUUAAACGAAGAAAUACAAAAGAGAACAGAGUUUUCUUACUUCAUACAGGGUCAUUGCAGGCAAAAAACUUAUUAGACGCUGCAGACUCAUUGGGACUUACUGGGGAAAAGUUCAUUUGGAUGCUGACUUCAUUUAGUGUUGGUACAAUAAAAAAAGGUGGACGUACAUCACGGUCAUACCCUAUAGGGGCACUAGGAAUAAAUUAUUACAAGGAUCCAGGAGAAAACGAGGCCGACGCUGCAGAAAUGAGUCUCAAGAUUUGGGCAAAGGCUCUCACUAACUUAGCGGGACACCUAGACAAGUAUAAUAUGUCGCCCAGACUGUCCUGUAACGGUACCCAGAACGACACCUGGCGGGACGGACGCGCACUAUACGCACGGAUGAAGGCUGUACAUCGGCUGGACUAUGAUACCGUGGUCAGAUUUAGCAGUAAUGGCGUAAAUGAAUUGGUGAAGUUGAGACUCAUUAAUGUCCAACACCAAGCAGGCGCUCGGGCAUGGAAGGAAGUCGGCCAAUGGAUUCCUUUCACGAAGAAUCAUCGGUCAGACAUGGUCAUCCAAAUGAAAGAAAUAGCUUGGCCUGGCGGGAAAACCAAACCACCGAAAGGAAAACCGGAAAGACGUCAUUUCAGAAUUGUGACGUUGAAGGAGGAUCCUUACGUAAUGUACCGUGACCCGGAUAAAGUGACUAGACGGUGUGGACACCACUCUGUGGCCUGUCGUCUGGUGUAUAAUCCGGCUGAGCAUGAUAACGACAGCACCUUACUAAACAAUACAGUGAUACGUUGCUGUACCGGACUGUGUAUAGACCUACUGGAGAUACUCAGUGAGCGGAUGGACUUUGACUACGAGUUGUACGAGGUUCCGGACCAAACCUGGGGACUCCCGGACCAGAGAACAGGCCAAUGGAAUGGGCUCAUAAACCAGUUGAUGACGCAUAGAGCAGACAUGAUAAUGACGUCAUUAAAAAUAACACCAAAGAGGAACGAGUUUAUUGAUUUUUCGGUGCCCUUUUUGGAGACUGGAAUUUCUAUAGUGGUGUCUAUUCGAAAAGGUGCUAUCUCUCCGACAGCUUUCCUAGAGCCAUACGACUACCCCUCGUGGUGUUUGAUCCUAGUGUUUAGCGUACAUGCCACAGGAGCUUCAAUAUUUAUAUACGAGUGGCUGAGCCCACGGGGACUUGACCAGGGACGAACAUCAUUGCGAGAGCAUAGGUUCUCGCUGUUCCGGUCGCUAUGGCUGAUUUGGGCUAUGCUGUUUGGAGCUUCAGUUUCCACAGAUACACCCCGAGGAGUGUCGAGCAGAUUUCUGGCGAACGUCUGGGCGUUGUUUGCCUUGGUUUUCCUCGCUAGUUACACAGCUAAUUUGGCAGCAUUUAUGAUCACUAAAGACGAGUACUACAACCUCUCUGGGAUAAAGGAUAUUCGUUUGAAACAUCCUUAUUCACAAUCUCCCCCCUUCCGGUUUGCGACGGUGCCAAACGGAAGUACUGAAGAGAACUUACGACAAAACCACCGUAAGAUGUUUGCCUAUAUGCGGCAGUUUAACCAGUCUACAGUUGAUGGAGCACUCAAGUCGUUAAAGGAUGGAAAAAUCCACGCCUUUAUCUACGACGCCACGCCUCUUGAGUAUCAUGUCGGAAAUGACAAGGACUGUGAGCUGACCACAGUUGGGGACUGGUACGCCAUGACAGGGUACGGGGUGGGAUUCCCGAGGGGGUCCACCUGGGUGGAGGAAGUGGAUCAGAUUAUACUCAAGCUACAAAAAUCAGGCGAAAUGGAAAGAUUACGAAAAUUUUGGCUAGCUGGCGCUUGUCAUCGAAGGAAACAGAAAAGGGGACAAUCCAGUCAUAACAUCGGCAUCCUUAACUUCACCAGUGCUUUUAUAUUCCUGGCCGGUGGAAUGCUGGUCGGCGUCAUCCUACUUAUAGCAGAACAUCUCUAUUUUAAAUUUGGAAGAAGCUGUUUGCGGAAAUACGACAAAAACGGUUGUUGUGCUUUAGUUAGUUUGAGUAUGGGUCAAUCAUUAACGUUUGAACAGUCGGUUAUAGAGGCUAUAGACAUGCAUAAACGUCAUCGAUGCAAAGAUCCACUUUGUGAAACACAGUUAUGGAAAGUGCGUCACGAAUUGGACCUGUCAAAAUUUACUAUAGAAAAACUAAAAGACCAAUUACAGAGUUUUGGUAUAAAACCUUUAGAAGGAAAUCUUUUCCGGCAUAAGAAAAAGCCAGCACUGGAACAGACUCCUAAUCCUAAACCGAAUGGAUACCCCAGAUGUAAUAGAUCUGAGGGCGCCGAGGAGGAACACCGAGUGUGUCCCGAAUCUCAGAGUAAGGAACGCUUACUUCAGGACAGUGAAUGUACGAGUACUAGUCCGUACCUGCACGAUCCGUCCCUGACUCGGUGGUCAAAAAGGUCGUUACGGCGGUCACCUAGUUAUACGAACGCUAUUGCGAUUGAACCGUCAGAAAAGGGAGACAGCGGGAGCGUGAUACAAAGACAUAUUAAUAAAGUCCGUUGUCACGACGGGAAUUACUAUGUUGGUGUAAGUAAUGAUAAUCCGACAGAAGGAUACGACAUGACGCAUUAUGUCGAAUAA